GCGCAUGCGCUGGAACCAUUGCGGUUUCGACUGGGUUGGAGAAGAACAAUCAAGAAACUGAACCAGUAGCGCAUAGCCUGGUCAUAAUGUCGGACACGGCCCCAGCAGAGAAUAAUCCGAGCAGCAAGGAAGCCCCCAAGUAUCGCCAUGAGUGGUAUCAGACCGCCUCUGACGUGUGUGUCAAUGUCAUGACUAAAGGGCUCAAGAAAGAGCAAGUACAAGUGGAAUUCACUGAAAGGACUUUGCGUGUAGCCAUUGAGUUGGUUAGAGAAAGUCCGUAUGCUCUUGAUCUACAUCUGGCUCACUCCAUUGACUGCGGCAAAUGCAGUUUUAAAGUUUUAAGCACCAAGGUAGAGAUAAAGCUUCGGAAGGUGAAGUUCCAACAGUGGUGCAGCCUCGAGGAGACAGAUGCCACUACAAAGACUAAGAUGAUACCCUCAAUGCCAUCCAAGUACCCCACCUCGUCCCACCAUUCUCGUGACUGGGGCAAGCUCGUGGCAGAGGUUGAGAAGGAGGAAAAGGAAGAUGAGAUAAAGAAAGCAGAGAUGGCUGAAUCUACAACACCGAAUACUGCUAGUUCCCCACAGGUGAUGGAGGAGGAUGGACUCACUGACACGGAAAGGGUAUGA